CAGUUCGAAUACUUUGCUUCAAAUACUGGAUUCCAUCUUCGACGACUACUUGAAAUAAUUUGUCUGGUGUCAACGAAAACCAUUUCUUCGCCAUCUCGAAUGUCGGUCGGUGGGGCUCAACAGCUGUUAUACUCAUCUAAAAUUGAAUCUCAUCUUUCUUAUUCGAGCAAUAAUCAGUGA